AUGAGCCGGAAGUUCGGGGAGCUGUUCGCCGUACCGGAUCACGCUGUGUUGGGAGGUCACGGCCUGGAGAUCCUAUGGCGUGGGCCCAGGCGUUGCCGCUUCGCCUCAUUUCUGGAAGCACCUGUCAUUAAGGCAGGUCAGGCGUCCUUCUAUGCCGGCAAUGCGUGUUCUCAAGACGCGAGCCACUGCGUCAUGUUGCGAGGCGGCUUCCAGUCAUUGGACCACGACUUCUGCAAGGACUCAGGGCAGCCGGACUGGUGCAAGAAGGAGAGCCCAACGGAACCGCAGUGCCUUUGCCCCGGGAGGACGAAGCUUUAUUUGGAGAAGAAUCCGCAGGAGGCGGAGAAGUUCGACCAGUCCGGCUGCCCAAACUGA